CGUCGUUCGCUUUUUCUCCGGUCCUUCCCCGCCCCCUCUCCCUCAAUCGACCGACCGGGUCGGCAUCGUGCCGAAUGAACGCAGUGAUUCGCGCGACGGGAUAAGAGAGAUCGCACCGAACGGGUGGCUCGGCGACGGACGAGGAGGACUGUCCGAUACAUAUUUUCUCGGAAUUGCGACUCGCUUGGAUCGACGAGGAAAGUCGCGAAGAAUUUCUGAAAGUGUGCAUGCGACGGCAGUGUGGUUAAUCGCGGGGCAACGACACCGUCGUGUCUGUCGCGCGCAGUUUAGAAAUCUCGUGGAGCACGUGGAACCACCGACGUCGGUCCUCGACGCGAAUCCUCGACGUGAAAUAUUUUCGAUCGACGAGAAUGUGAUUUUUUUCCUCUUUCUUUCGUUUUUCUCUUUCGAUGAUCUGGAUCGGAAGGGAAAUCGACACGUGAUGGUGGUGGGUGCGAUUUAGCGAGGUGCGUGGCCGCGGCCAGGUGUAGCGCGCUCCCGAAAGGAUGAUGCGGGAGGUCUGACAGUACAGCGUUAAGGUCGCGCGGUGGUGCGCCUCCACGUGCGAUAAAACGACUUAUGUGCACGAGGAUACGAAGGGAGAGCUGUGUCGAGUGCGUGACAAUAAAUGUCAGUGCGUCGCGGGACGGCCACCGUAACCGGCUGACCAGCUCCAGAAAGAGGAGGGAAACUAGGAGGCUAGGGGUGAAGAUAUGGUGGUGCUCGAGCUGGAGGCGGUCUAUGCCCAGGCAGCCCCGCACACGAAACUGCUGAACAAGCGUUUCGUCGGGGCCCACCAUUGGCUGGGGCCGCUCAAGGAGGCUCUCGUCGCGCGACUCGCGGCCGACAAGCAACUGUUCCGCAGUCAGCCGCAAGGCGCGACUCCGCAACAGCUGCAACUUCUGCAGCAGCAGCAACAGCAGCAGCAGCAACAGUACCUGGCCGCAUCCCAGGCACAGCAGCAACAACAGCAGCAGCAGCAACAGAACUUUCCUACGGCCCCGUACACCGUUAUCAGCGGACAGGAGCCUUACGUAGGGGCGCUGAUAGCUGGCGCGCCACCCCCUGUGGUACCGCAGUACUAUGGUGUCGGGACAGUCGGGCCCUGGGUCUAUCCGGCCGGAUUGCUGCCGCAGGCACCACCCCAGGCGGCCGCGCCACCGCCACCCCGGCGACCGCUCACCCCCUCUUCGGCAGCGGCCGCGGCCGCAGCCGCGCAGGACACCGCCAACAAUUUGGCACAAACGGUACAAGGUCAGUAUCAGGUGAUACCGGCUUACUACGAUCAGAACGGUUCCAUCGUCAUGGGAGGCGUGCGCGGGCUAAGUUCGGCGGCGACCCCCAUGAGAUUAGUGAGCCCCGCGCCGGUUCUCGUGAACAGAGCCCCGUCUCAGCCACCACCGGGUCCACCGGCACCGCCGCCGCCGAACCUAUAUUCUCAACCGACUCCGACGUCGCACAGCAACGCUACGCCCGGCGAAUGCCUAGGUCUGGCGGCGUGCAGCGCAGCGGCAGUGGUCGCGCAAGCCCAGGCAGUUGCGGUGCAACAGGCGCAGCAGCAAGGCUCGGGACUUGCCGCAGGUUUAGCGGCUCUAGGAUACGGCGGCUCCCCGCUCGGAGCAUUGGGCUCGCCUGCCCAACUGCAGAAUACAGCGCCAAGGGAAUGUAAAAUAAGUGUGCUCCCGUAUGAGAAACCUGUACAUUUGAACUAA